CGAAGAAGAGAACCUAUUUUGGGUUCAGAAUGUCGCUCCUCGCUGUUUUGGUCCUUUUGGGGACUGGAAUGACAGUGAACAGCGAAAAACAUUCCCUCACCUACAUCUACACGGCCUUCUCCAAACCAGUGAAUCUCCCGGGGCUGCAUGAGUUCACUGCUAUGGGUUUACUGGAUAACAGUAUGAUCGACUACUAUGACAGUGAGAACCAAGUUAAAGUUCCCAAACAGGACUGGAUGAAACAGCAUCUUGAACCAGAGUACUGGGAGAAAGGCACCCAGUCCAGAAAGAGCAAGGAGCAAUGGUUCAAGGUCAACAUCGACAUAUUGAUGAAACGAAUGAGACAGAAUGACAAUGACACCCAUAUUCUUCAGUGGAUGCAUGGCUGUGAGGGUGAAACUCAGCCUGAUGGCACGAUGAAGUUUGUCCGUGGGAUGGACAUGUACAACUAUGACGGAAACGACUUUCUGUCCUUCGAUGACAACCAUCAGGUUUGGGUUGCUCCCAUUCAUGCAGCAGAAGAAACCAAGAGGAAGUGGGAUGAGGUCCAGGUGCUGAAGGAAUACACCAAGGGCUACCUGGAGAAGGAGUGCAUGGAAUGGAUGAGCAAGUUUAGAGGCUUUGGGAAAGAGAAGAUUGAAAAAGCCUCUCCACCUGAAGUCUACCUGUUCACACGAAAGGUUAACAUUGAACAAAACAUUAUCUUGACGUGUCUGGCAACGGGCUUCUAUCCAGGAGAAAUAAUCCUGAAUAUCAAAAGAAAUGGGCGUGUCCUGACUAAAGAGGACGGGUUGGUGACCUCUGGAUAUCGCCCAAAUCAUGACCACACCUUCCAGAGGAGAGAUCACGUAGAGAUUUUGAAGUCUGAUGUUUCCGCCUACAUCUGUGAAGUCGAGCAUCUUGCCUCUAAAAGGCAUGUUAAUCAGACAUGGGAAAACCCUUUUGUAGAAGACAAAGGAAAUACCAACGUCAUCAUUGCUGCUUCUGCUUCUAUCGUGAUUGUGGUUGUGGCUGUUGCUGUGACACUUGUCUGCCUUAAGCUGAAGACAAGUCGACUUGAUUGUGAUGAAGAAAAUUCUCCUCAUUCAAGUUUAAAUUCUGUGGCCACCUCUGGAUCUGAUAAACCAGUCAGUGAUAUAGAGAAACCUGAUGAGAACAAGCCCCUCCUUGGUACUGAUAAACCAGUCAGUGAUAUAGAGAAACCUGAUGAGAACAAGCCCCUCCUUGGUACUGUUGAAAAGGCCAAAGAUGCAAAACCAGCUGAGAAAGAUAAUCUGCCGCAAAAUAAACUUAAAGUGCAUGUGUUCACUCGUGAGGCCAAAGUCGAGACAAACACGAUUUUGAUGUGUCAGGCUACGGGCUUUUAUGCAAAAGACAUCAUUCUGCAUAUCAAACGAAAUGGCAGAAUCCUUACUAAAGACGACGGGGUUCAGACCGAUGGAGUUCACCCAAAUAAUGACAACACCUUCCAGAGAACAGAUCAUGUAGAGGUUUUGAAGUCUGAUGUUGCUGAAUACUCCUGUGAAGUCAUUCAUGAAGCCACUGAUGUUCACAUUCAGAUGGAAUGGGUUGAAAAGGCCAAAGAUGCAAAACCAGCUGAGAAAGAUAAUCUGCCGCAAAAUAAACUUAAAGUGCAUGUGUUCACUCGUGAGGCCAAAGUCGAGACAAACACGAUUUUGAUGUGUCAGGCUACGGGCUUUUAUGCAAAAGACAUCAUUCUGCAUAUCAAACGAAAUGGCAGAAUCCUUACUAAAGACGACGGGGUUCAGACCGAUGGAGUUCACCCAAAUAAUGACAACACCUUCCAGAGAACAGAUCAUGUAGAGGUUUUGAAGUCUGAUGUUGCUGAAUACUCCUGUGAAGUCAUUCAUGAAGCCACUGAUGUUCACAUUCAGAUGGAAUGGGGUGAGAAACUUUUAUUUCUACAGUAUAUCAGGGCAUGAUAUUUUGAUUUUACA